AUGGGCAACCUGUGCGUGAAAGGCGGCGGCGAGAAGGGCUCGUCCACCAAGUACCUGCCGGACCCGUUCCAGGGCGCGCACGGCGACAGCGAUGGCCGUGUGGACCUCAACGCCAGCUCGGGCACCAGUAGUCCAUCCACAGACGGCCUCAGGCCCCUACCCCGGGUGCCCGCCAGGAACAGAUGGUGGUUUGAGUUUGACCGAAAGGAGUCGGACAAGAUGUUGCUACUGCCUGGCAACCCUCGCGGAACUUUCCUGGUCAGAGAAGCCACAGAUAAAUCGACGUAUGUACUCUCGGUGCGGGACAACGACAAAGCCUCUGGGGAGCCGUGUGUGAAGCAUUACCGCGUGCGCAAGAUGGACGACGAGAGGGGAUAUUUCAUCAGUGCCAAAAAGACUUUCAAAACAUUGUUUGACGUCAUUGAACAUUACAAAGAUAACUCAGACGGCCUGUGCUGUCAGCUGGGAGCGGCGUGCCCCAGGAGCCGGCCCACCGUCCAGUUCCGAGAGCUGGAGAUCAAAAGGGAGGUCAUCGAACUGACCAACAAGCUGGGCGCAGGCUGCUUUGGCGAGGUCUGGAAAGGUAAACUGAGGAAGGUGGUGGAGGUGGCGGUGAAGACCUUGAAGCCCGGGACCAUGUCUUCGGAGGCUUUCCUCAACGAAGCCAAGAUCAUGCACAAACUGACGCACGCCAAGCUUGUCCAGUUGAUGGCUGUGGUGUCGGUCCAAGAGCCAUUCCUGAUCAUCACGGAGCUGAUGGUGAACGGUGCGCUGCUGGACUACCUCCGCUCCGAGGAGGGCAAGAAGCUCAAGUUUGACGUGCUAAUCGACAUGAACGCCCAGGUGGCAGAGGGUAUGACCUACCUGGAGAGCGUCAACUUCGUGCACCGAGACCUUCGCGCUGCCAACAUCUUGGUCGGGGAACACUGCGAGGUCAAGGUCGCGGACUUUGGUCUGGCUAGGGUGUUGCAGGAUGAUGAUGUUUACGAGGCCAAUGAAAACGCCAAAUUCCCCAUCAAGUGGACCGCCCCUGAGGCGGCCUUAGAGAGAAAGUUCAGCAUCAAGUCUGACGUCUGGUCGUUUGGCGUGCUCAUGUACGAGAUCAUCACCUUCGGCAAAGUGCCUUACCCUGGCAUGUCGGGCGCGGAGGUGCUGCAGAUGGUGGAGAGGGGUCGGCGCAUGAGCAAGCCCACCAACGGGCCAAUCGUGGUGGAGGACGCCUACUUUGAGAUGAUGCUGAAGUGCUGGAACAAGGUGCCCGAGCAGAGGCCCACGUUUGAGCACCUGCACGACUUCUUCGACACCUACGACAUCGGCACAGAAAAGAACUACCGCGAGAUGGACGAUAUUAGUCGUUGA